AGGGGAGCUGGUUACAGCGAGGUGUAAGGAGGGGUGCACGCCUCCCACGUGCUCCUCGGGCAUUGCAGAAGCCCCUCCAAAAGUAACCCUUGGCUCUUUGUCUAGGAGCAAGAGCGUCUCAGCCUCGCGUGUCAGGUGCCCUCGGACUGGUGGGCCCCGCGGGUUGAGUCUCGGCAUGUAUAAGCCCAGCAUGAUUUCCUGGUUGGAGCAGGAAGGCCUGAGGACAGUGGAGAGGGGCGUCCUCCAAGGGUGGGAACUACAGCUACAAAACAGAGAGUCUGCGCUUGAGCCCUUUGAUGCUGAAAAGGAACCAACCAUUAGGAUAAAAACAGAGCGGAUCGAGGAGUGGGAGGUGUACGAGUGCGCGCAGUACGGGAAAGACUUCGGCGGCCCCGGGGAGACGACGCCUGGCGGAGAGGCCACCUCGGAGGAUGAGGAGGGCGGGAAAGGCCUCCUGGGCCCCAGGCGGAGACCGUCCCCCGGGAAGGCCUUGCUGGAGUCCGCGGGAGCGGAUGAGGCCUCGGACCGUAAGCCCUUAUACUGCAAAGACUGCGGUGUGUUCUUCCUCAACGCCGCCUGCUACCGCGUCCACCAGCAGGUCCACGCCGGCGCCGGCCCCUUCCGGUGCCAGGAGUGCGGCAUCGACUUCAGCUGUGCUGCGCACCUAAGCGUCCACCUGCAGGCGCAUGCCGAGACUGGCGGCUACGAGCGUGGGGCCGCGACGGACGCCCGGAUGCAGUCUCCCGAGGCGGCCGCCGAGGCACGGGGGGCGGAGGACGACGACGACACCGAGGAGAAGACCUUCAAGUGCGACAAGUGCUGGCGGGCCUUCAGCACCUUCUCCAAGCUCACCACGCACUUCCGCACGCACACGGGUGAGAAGCCCUUCCAGUGCAACGUGUGCGGCAAGACCUUCACCACCUCGUCCUACCUGAGCAUCCACAAGCGCGUGCACACGGGCGAGAAGCCCUACGUGUGCCAGGAGUGCGGCAAGGCCUUCACACAGUCGUCGGUGCUCACCAAGCACCUGCGGGUGCACACGGGCGAGAAACCCUACAAGUGCAAGGAGUGCGGCAAGGCCUAUGUGAAGUCGUCGGGGCUCAUCGAGCACAUGAACGUGCACACGGGCGAGAAGCCCUACACGUGCCGCGAGUGCGGCAAGGCCUUCGUGAAGUCGUCGGGGCUGACGCUGCACAUGAAGAUCCACACCGGCGACAAGCCCUACCAGUGCGACAAGUGCGGCCGCGCCUUCUACUCCUCGUCCAACCUCACCAAGCACUUCCGCACGCACACGGGCGAGAAGCCCUUCCAGUGCAACAUCUGCGAGAAGACCUUCACCACCUUCGCCUACGUGGCCAUCCACAAGCGCUCGCACACGGGCGAGAAGCCCUACGUGUGCAAGAAGUGCGGCAAGGCCUUCACGGCGUCCACGCGCCUCACCAAGCACCUGCGCUCGCACAACGGCAAGAAGUACGAGUGCGAGCUGUGCGGGAAGAGCUUCGCCAAGGCCUCGUGCUUCCUGGGCCACAAGCGGGGCCACGCGGGGGCCGGGGCCUGCGCCUUCCUGGACGCCGCCAAGGCGCCGCCCGAGGAGAAGCCGUUCGCCUGCGCCGAGCACAGCCCGGGCCCGGGCCACGGCAAGCCAGCGGGGCUGGACAGCCACGCGCGCGGCCACGGCAAGGCCUUCGGCAAGGCGGCCGGGCUGGGCGAGCACGCCAAGACCCAGGCGGGUGAGAAGCCGUACAGGUGCCCCGAGUGCGGCUGGGCCUUCGGCAAGGCCCCGGGGCCGGGCGAGCGGCCCUUCGCCUGCGACCGGUGCGGCCAGGCCUUCGCCUCCGCGACCCCCGUCGCCACGCACUUCUGCUCGCUCGCGGGCGAGAAGCCCUUCCCGUGCAACGCCUGCGGCAAGGCCUUCGCCUGCUCGUCCUACGUGGCCGUGCACAAGCGCGCGCACGCGGGCGAGCGGCCCUACGAGUGUCGCAAGUGCGGCCGCGCCUUCGCCACGUCCUCGUGUCUCCUGAAGCACCUGCGCUCGCACACUGUGUAG